GUGUUUUAAAUUAAUAUAUCAUAAAUGAACUUUAUUUUUUAAUUUGGCAUAAUGAAGAUACAUUUCUCAGUGUUUUGUAUUCUUUAUGUAUUUAAUUUUAUUUAUGCCGUUACCAGAGCCGCUGAAAAUAAAAAGUCAAGUGCACAAAGCAAUGAGUCUUGUCUGAGCCGCGUCGCUGCAUGUGAAGCAAAUCCGAGCAACGCAAAUCGACCCGUCUGCGGAACAAACAGGCGUAAUUACCCUUCAAAGUGUCACUUAUUGAAGGCCCAGUGUGCUGGUGAACUGACGGGUAUAGCUCAUAGGGGCCCGUGUGUGGAGGGUCAGUCAUCUUGUCUAUCAGUGCUACGGUACGCGUUAAACGCACAAGGCGCUCGAAAGGCCACUUUUGUACCGCGAUGUCGCGCUGAUGGCACUUAUGCGGCAGUGCAAUGCGCCGCCGGGGCUGCCUCAGGAUGCUGGUGCGUGACUCCAGACGGAAAACCCUUACCUGAUACAUCUGUAAGGAACGGUAGACCAGAUUGCACCAGGACUGGUAAAUCGCAGACCAAGCGACGAUCAUCAGUUCGUGGACAACGCAACAAGCGAAGUUGUACUCGAGCCGAUCGGUCGCAAUUCAAUUCGAAUCUCAUCAAAAUCUUCAGCGGGGAGUUUGAGAGGACCAGGUCUGACCAAAGAGCUGUCAACGCUGAACCAAGAGCAGUCGCAGAUUGGAAGUUCAGAGAACUGGACAAGGAUCGAAGCGACACACUGCAGAAGUCGGAGUAUCGAGGGUUGAGACGGCUGAUUAAAAAGGUGGUGAAGCCGAAGCGAUGCGCUCGCGCCUGGGCUCGUGGCUGCGAUGGCGACGGGAACGGAGAGAUCGCCCGAGCUGAGUGGGCUAAUUGUCUCCUGUCUACACCAGAGCCGCCGGCACCGGACUUCUCUCUUCGUUUCUUCAUGUCGUUGAAUGCAGACGACGACAGCGCGCCAGAGCCUGAACCAGAUUACAAUGAGGAGGAGCCACCGCCCGACUCCAGCGCAGCGGUUUUACCGGGAAUCAUGAGGAAUUCUUUUGCUCCGGAAGGCUCAGUGACCAGAGAAGACGAAGCCAAUGACUGUCUCACAGACAGACAAGCAGUCUUAGAUGAGCAGAAAGCGGGCAGCGCGCCGCUAUACGUGCCAGAGUGCAUGGGGGAUGGGCGGUAUGCUCGCGCUCAAUGCUACCGCUCCACCGGGUACUGUUGGUGCGUGCAUCAGGACACCGGGAAGCCCAUACCAGGAUCCUCGGUGAAAGACAGAAAACCAGACUGCGACGCGGCGCCGCAACACGCUAGCCCUAUGAGAGGCUGUCCGGAACCAAUGAAAACCCAUUUCCUCCGUGAGUUGCUGCGCUUCUUCAUAUCCAAGAUGACCACAUCAAUCAACGGCACCGGUCCAGGGGACAUGGUGAAAUGGGGCGCAUCUAAGGAAGAACAGGCGGCCACGUGGAGUUACGUGAUGUUAGACAAGGACAAAAACAAAGCGUUGGAAAGGCGGGAAUGGAAGUCUUUCCAUCAGAUGAUAUCGAGCGUGGAACAUUUGAGGCGGUGCGGGCGAAAACUACCGAGAUAUUGCGACGUGAACCACGAUUCUAAAAUUAGUAUCACCGAAUGGAUGGCCUGCCUGGAAGUGACUCAGGGGUCCCAAGGUCCGACAACGGAGACGGCGAAAGCAUUGACCAAUCCAAGGAGAAAGGGGCCUAAUCCACUCGAAUCUAUACUCAAAGCGGACGACUAGUCUUUAACGUGGAAGUGUAUGUGCCUCGAAAAUUAUGGUCGUUUAUGAAAUGACCCAAAUAUAUUUUAUGACUUGAUUUAAUUUAGGUACAGUGCGGUCGCAAAGCAUAUAGAAAUUCGUUCAUUGACUCAUCCUUUGUUUUUUUACACUCGCGCUAAAAUCUCGUUUUUAUAAACAGAGACAGAAUAGCAAUAUUUUCGCGCGUGUGAAAAAGACAAUAGCGAUAGGCAGAAUUGUUGCGUGUAUCGCGACUGAAUAUUGUCCUAGAGUCUAGACAUUAGAGCAAUGAAUAGGCGUAAAGUCAAGACUCAAGAUGCAUUUAUCUUCAACCAAGUCCAAAAAGGCGUAAGUCUUUGCCAAUGGCUUGUGUCUAAUUCCCUUAAAUCUUAGGGACUGUUUUACCACUUAUUGAUAAGUGCCGGAUUGGCCAUAUCCACAGCUUAUCUGACAGAUAGAGUAUAAUAUAUGCAGAGUAUAUGAUAACUCUAUCUGUUAAGUAAGUUGUGGAUAGCCUAUCCGGCACAUACUCUAUCAUUGAAAUUGUAAAAAUGUAGAAUGCAACUUGACUAACAGCUGUUGUUAGCCAAUCUAUGCUAUUCAUAUUAUUCUAAGUCUAGGCAGCUGGUGUACACUGUACCACAUACGUGAACUGUAUUAUUGUCAUUGGAUGUAGCUUUUACAUUGUAAGGCAGUAUGUUAUUUUUCAUUCUUUUGUAUUUUCGGGACAUUACGAUUUAAUAGAGAUUAAAUUAAAAAUAGGAACAUCUUUAUUUAUUACGAAAUUAUACGCUUAUGGCGUAUAUCAAUUUACUUGUAAAUGCUGUUCAAAUAGUUGAACUGUUGAUUAAUAUUCAUAAUAAAAUAUACGCUAACGCUACUUGUUUCUAUGUACAGCUAUUACAACACGCACAAAUUAAGUUGGCAACCGGCUUUAAUUUCUUUUAGACGAGGUGUCUUGUUAACUUCUGCAUGUUAUACUUCUAAGUGGCCAAAAUUUUAAGGUAUCACUUAACUAUUCAGUAUUUUUAAUAUUUUGGGCUCGUUUUAGGUUGUAUUGUUACCAUUUUAACAGUUCAGCCUAUAUUAAUUUGAAAGCGAUAAUACUAGUCUUUCAUACUUUCGUUAACAAAUACCAGUGAUCAUAGAUUUUGUAACCUUAACAUACUUAAAUGUUAAACUUGAAUGAAAUUCUACAAGUAAUAUUUAAAUAAGUACGUAAGGUCAGUAUUAGGUGACAAAAUUGCCCAAAAAG